AAACACAGCAACUUAUCGAUACAGUAGUCAAUAAUAGAGAAGGAGGUGAUGAAAAUGGAAUCAUCAAAAAGUGGAAAUUGGAAGCACAGCUUGGGGUACUUGGCAUUUAUUACCUUAAUCAUACACCUUCUUCUUCAUAAACACAGAUUAUCCGGAAACGACACCGUUCGCGUAAAAAGAAACCCAGAUCUCCCACUCCGGUUCCGCUACGACGGUACCUUCAAAAUCCUUCAGGUGGCUGAUAUGCAUUAUGGUAAUGGAAUAAUGAGUCGAUGCCGAGACGUGUUAGAUGAGGAGUUCCCCUACUGUUCCGAUCUCAACACCACUCACUUUCUCAACACUUUGAUUCUUUCCGAAAAUCCUGAUUUCAUUGCUUUCACUGGAGACAAUAUAUUUGGGCCCAGCACUGCUGAUGCAGCUGAAUCCCUACUUGAAGCUUUUGGUCCUGCCAUGGAAUCUGGUCUUCCUUGGGCUGCAAUCUUAGGAAACCACGACCAGGAAUCUACAAUGAAUCGCGCGGAAUUGAUGUCCUUCAUCUCCCUUAUGGAUUAUUCUGUCUCACAAACCAAUCCAUCAGCUGAAGGUCCCUCUCGUUCUCUUAAGGGAAGCAUGAUGACAGACAUUGAUGGUUUUGGCAAUUAUAACCUAAGAGUAUAUGGUGCCCCAGGUUCGCAUUUGGCAAACAGCAGCAUAUUCAAUCUUUUCUUUCUUGACAGUGGAGACAGGGCAGUUGUUCAAGGAGUUCGAACUUAUGGAUGGAUUAAGGAAUCCCAACUUCGUUGGGUCCAUGGCAUUUCUCAGAGAUUUCAGGGCCAAAUGUCGGAUACUGAUCAAUCUGCUGAUGCUUUGCCCCCUACAAUCCCAGCACUUGGAUUUUUUCAUAUCCCAAUUCCAGAAAUUCGGCAGCUUUACUACAAAAAGAUUGUGGGCCAAUUUCAGGAGGCUGUAGCUUGCUCAUCAGUGAACUCGGGAGUCUUAGAGACACUUGUCUCCAUUGGAGAUGUGAAGGCUGUGUUCAUGGGCCAUGAUCAUACUAAUGACUUUUGUGGGAAUCUAGAUGGUAUAUGGUUUUGUUAUGGUGGAGGCAUUGGAUAUCACGGAUAUGGAAAGGCUGGGUGGCCAAGGAGAGCAAGGGUCAUAUUUGCUGAACUUGGGAAGGGGGACAAGGCCUGGAUGGGAGUGGAGAGGAUUAAGACAUGGAAGCGUCUUGAUGAUGAGAAGCUGAGCAAGGUUGAUGAACAAGUCCUGUGGGACCACCGGCCAUCAAGAUAACUCAAUUACAGUUUACUGGCACUGGAGAAAUGGCAUUCAGCAUUCCAUAAUGUUGUAUACGUUGUGUUAAAAUUAUUUUGAUAAGAAACCUCCUUGUGUGAUUUUACUGCAUUCUUUUGCAAUUUAACAUUGUAAAUUCAACUUGAUAUAAGAGGAAAGAAGGUUUAAGUGGGUAUCCGAAGCUUCAAUUU